AUGAGCAGUAUAGGCACAGGUUAUGAUCUAUCAGUCACCACUUUCUCUCCCGAUGGGCGAGUUUUCCAGGUCGAGUACGCUGCCAAAGCCGUCGACAACAGCGGAACUGUUAUUGGUAUAAAAUGCAAGGAUGGGGUUGUUAUGGGUGUGGAGAAACUCAUAGCAUCAAAGAUGAUGCUACCUGGUUCCAAUCGCAGAAUUCACUCUGUUCAUCGUCAUGCUGGCAUGGCUGUUGCUGGACUAGCGGCAGAUGGGCGACAAAUAGUUGCGCGAGCGAAGGCUGAAGCAACAAAUUAUGAAAGUACCUAUGGUGAACCUAUUCCUGUAAAGGAACUGACUGAACGUGUAGCAAGUUAUGUGCAUCUAUGCACACUUUAUUGGUGGCUCAGACCCUUUGGAUGUGGAGUUAUUCUUGGAGGGUAUGACAGAGAUGGACCACAAUUAUACAUGAUUGAACCCUCCGGUAUUUCAUAUAGGUACUUUGGUGCUGCAAUUGGAAAGGGCAAGCAGGCUGCUAAAACAGAAAUUGAAAAGUUGAAGCUUUCCGAAAUGACCUGUAGGGAAGGUGUUAUUGAAAUAGCCAAGAUCAUUUACAAGAUACAUGAUGAGGCCAAGGACAAGGCUUUUGAAUUGGAGAUGAGCUGGGUUUGUGAUGAUUCAAAGCGCCAGCAUGUGAAGGUACCAGAAGACCUUUUAGAGGAAGCCAAGGCUGUUGCCAAGGCCGCAUUGGAGGAGAUGGAUGCUGAUUAA